CUUCGCAAGAAAAAAUACCUCGUCGCAACAGUUUCUGGAGAUGCACAAAAGCAAGAACGAUAUUCGGAAUUUUCUGUAGCGUACAAUAAAUCCUCUUUGACUUUGUCGUUACUUGUAUUGUUAAAAUAAGUGGAUAACAGAACCCCAAGCAGAAUUUAUUGAUCAACCGUUAAGGAGAGCGAGUUAACGAUAUUGGUAACUUCAGAACCCAUCAGUUGGUCGACAGGAGGAGAGGCAUAUACACGGAAUUUAGUUGAGGAUAACAACUUAUUGGAUAUUCAGCAAAGCAGACAUGAUGUACUUAGCAAACGGGCAGUUUGACCGAUGCGAAAACUACAACCCAGCCGCCCGCCACGACACCCGUAGUGGGCUGACCGUUACCCAUCAACCUUACCCAUCUUCUCACAUCAACCCCAACUCAAGCGUCUCUUAUACCACCAACGAUCAGGCAAUGCUCAUUGAAGACCAGCUCACGUCUAGUGGAGGCCAUCAUGGUCGACUAGGGCGUGGAGGUGGUGGUCGACGAGGAGGUUCAAGUCGACUUGGUUCCAGGCGUGGGAUACACAAGAACAAACAACCUGAAAUCAGACCGUGGAACAGCAACUUAUUAGCAUGCUGCGAUGAUCCAGAAAUAUGUAUUACAGGACUAGCCUGUUCCCCUUGCCUAGCCAGCCGUCUUUCUGAGAGACUGGGAGAGAAUCCGCUGGCAUGCUGUCUACCAUUCGGUUGUGUAGCAUUACGUGUCAAACUACGUACUCAACAUCAUAUACGGGGUGACAUUUGCUCUGAUUACGGAGUCACGUGUUGUUGUGGUUGUCCACUGUCACUCUGCCAAAUGUGGCGGGAACUGGAUUACAUCGAAAAGAAGAACAACCCUGGGUUGUCUGCCAACGGUGGCCAUGGAAACCAGAAUAAUACUCCCUCAACGUCAAGUAGGAGUUUCCUCGAUAUGCUUACAUUUUAAAAUUGUCAACUAAUGCUGAAUAUUUUGUAGAUUUUAUAUCGAGAACAUUUUCGUAAUUUGUCAAGUGUUAAUCACUGUCUCUUAUCUGUAAUAAUUUUUUAGAUAUGAGAUUUAUAUCGGAAGAAGAAGGUUUCAAGGCAUUUAUUCAUAGUCGACAUUGUAAAUAUUGAUGUUAAUGAAUGCAAAUUUCAGUUUUCUUUUCAUCCACAAAUAAAUAGACCCAUCACCGAAAAAAAAAGAAAAUGAUAUGAUUUUUCUCAAGGUUUUGGAUCAUGAAUAUAUUGUAUGAUUUAUAGACGUCAUUAGGAUGUAUUUGUCUAACAUCUGAGAAAACACCAGAGUGAUCACAUUAUUGUCUUUGCUUCAUUAUAUAUGGAGCUAUCAACUCCAUGAUUAUACAUGACAUCCACUAUUAAAAGCAUACCUCGUUCACAUUGUCGCGCAAUCCUUUACCAAAGCCACGAGUGGCCUCUUUAAUCGAUGGCGGAAAUAUCUGAACCAUUCAAAUUUUCUAUGAUCAAUACGAUUGCCACGACUGAUCUGAUAAUAUCACUACGAUUAACUCCACGAUUAAGACCGCCGUUUGAAUCGUGCAUGGCGCAAAUCGUGACAGUGAGAACUUUAUAGCUAUUUGUAUUUCUAACGUCAUUGUUCGAAGCUUAAAAAAUGUUCAUGCGACUAUCGAGUAUAGUGAAGUAUGAUUAUGGUCUAAGGGAACACAUACGUUUCAGAUGGUGAGAACAUAGUCACAUGAUUUGCUUGUCAUGAUCAUGAGCUCCGUCUAGACAUAUCUAGUUACAUAAAUGUUGCAGUCACAUCAAACAAACGACUUCAGAUCGAUCAAAACUAUUAAAUGAUUUCAAAUGACAACCCACUGGUCGGUUCGGUUUCAUUGGUGUGACUGUGCGCAUGCCAUUGGGAAAGACUCUCAAACAGGGGUGAUGCCUAUAAUGGGGAUGGUUUGGGCCAGAGCUUCCUCAUCUGUUAUCUUCUUUGUCGAUAAAUUCUCAGUUACAUUGCUAUAUUACAAAACACCUUGGUGGUCAAUUAAUUAUUCAACUGAGACCUUCGACUGUUAAUUUUUGCUCGAUUAUGUUUCUUUCGUAAAAAGCAAGUCUUGUACAAUAUCUUCCUUUAGAAAAUCUUCAUUUUUUUAUGGGGGGGGGGGGGGGGAGUGAAACCAGAUUUUAACAGUCUGUAUAAAUGAUGGUUUAAAAAUAUAUGAUUUUGGAUUGACCAGGUAAUCAUAAUUACGAUUUAAAGAAUAAAGAGAUAUUAAGCCAUACCGAUGAUUUGUACAUACGUUUUUUUUUUUUUGCUUUUAUAAAAAUGUUAAAUAAUAACAUGAUUAUAUUAAAAUAUAAUGUUUUUUAAAGGACUAUGUUAGAUAGUAGAGAUGAAAUAGUCUCUUCUGUGUGUUUGUUUUGUAUUGUAAACCCUAUUUAUUCAUUUCUGCUAAUGUCGUUCUUUGUUGCUUGUUUAAAUAUUUGUAAUCAAUUUCCACAAAGAUGAAUGUCUGUGACGUCACUCUCUAUAAUUUAGGUAGGAAUACAUAAUCUCCAUUUUACUUUCAGUUUUAGGUCUGAUGCCUUAAACAUUUUUGAAAGCUUUGCAACCACUAAAACUAACAAUCUUUUACAGAAUUUCGUUAUUUCUGACAUUUUUGUCAUAUUUAUUAUAAUAAUGUGCCAAACUAUAAAUGGCAAAAAUGGCACCCGAUACAUUUAAUUCUUGAAAUGUUUGAUAUUUUCUUUCUAGAAUGUUAAUGCUUUGUACGAAAUCAGAUGUAAUGCAAAUUUUAAAAGUGCAUGUUUUUUAUUGUAAUAAAAAUAAUCUUUUUAU